AUGGUCAUGGGUUCAGGAACUGGAUCUUCUCUCUCGGUGUUCACCUUCUGCCAGGCGCUCAGUUCCCUCAGUCCCACCCAGAUAGAGAAGGUGUGGGGCAACAUGUGCUAUUUUUUUCAAGAGGUAAUGUCUUCACUUGUCAGCAGGUCAUCGGACUGCAGCGUUGGGGCCACGCCGCCUCCCUCUACCUCCAAGGUUCUCCCCGAGUCUCCUCCUGUACCUCACAGAGUAGCCAGAGAAGCGUCCAACCUCAAACAACUCGCCUGCAAUUACAACAGCUGGUUCGAAAUGGACGUGGUGGACGCCGUUCACGUGUCCCUGUGCAGCGACAAUGAGCCUGCAGAGUUUGUGAACCAAGUGUGCAACAAUGACUUGUUGAUGAGGAAGCUGCUCUUGGACAAAAUGAACAACUGGCUGUACGGAUACUGUGCUAACUCCUCUGCAGACCUCGCACACAUGGUCAGUCGCUUCUGUGUUUAUGAGCAGUGGAUUGAAAACAUCGGCGUCUCGGUGGACUCCUCACUGCUGCAGUUCUGCUUGAGUGUGGAUGGUCCCAGACUGACUCAACACAUCUGUACACACAUCGGAUUUUUCAUGCUUUUAAUGUCCAACCCUGAAAACUGGCCAAUAAUGCCUAAUUGCACAAAUAUCGACCCUCCACCACAAGUUCCGGGCUCUGGUGUUUUGCACUUACAGUCUUGUCAAUACCAUGAGUGGCAUGAUGUGAUGCAGAUCACAACAGACGAUCUGUCAAAGUGCAUCCUUCUGGAUCAGGCUGGCUUCAGGAAAGAGAUUUGCUCCAACAAAACCUUUUUAAAUGCUCUUCUGCAAAAUCCUGAAAUAAGCUGGCUGGAGGGACAGUGCAACACUUCCUUUGACUUUCAAUAUGAGGAACCUAUGACGCCAACUCCAACACCAGUUUUUAACCUGUCAGACUGGUGUGACUACCACACGUGGGAAAGACGGCCUGUGGAUGUUUCUGUGGUCGCCCUUUGUUGGCAGCAGGAUCAGCUUGCAUUUCAGGAAAAGGUCUGCUGCAAAGCGUCUGUGUUUGAAAAGCUGUUACAAAAUCCUCUGAACAAAUGGCUUUCAUCAGCCUGCUCAGACAUAAAGGACAUCACUGUGCCACCUCAGGUGUGCAGGUAUUCUGAGUGGACUCAGCCGAUCAUCGUGGACAUGACUGAACUUGCUUUCUGUGCAGAAGUGGACCCCCUUAACUUCACCUCCAAAGUCUGCGCCAAUGAUACCGUCCUCCAGAACCUGUUGGCCAAUCAGGACAACACCUGGUUAAUCCAGCACUGUGCCAACCAUUCAGACCCAGGGGUCCCUCCAGGUGGAGAGGAAGGGCAGAAUGGGUUUGACCCUGAUGAGCAGUGUCAGUACUCUAGCUGGGUGAUUUCCCCUCCGGGCGUAGUGCUGCUGACUUUGUGCUGGGAGCACGACCAGAGCAAUUUCAUCCCAGCUAUCUGCUCUAAUGAUGCUCUCCUUUCCUCCCUGUCGCGGGAGGCAUCCAGCAUGUGGGUGAGCAGCAUGUGUGCCACCUACGCCAACUACACCACCACCACGGGACGAAACAACACAACAGAACCUGCUUCCUGCCAAGCACGAAAUCUGGUGAAGCAGUUCAACUGGAACUGCUCGACAUAUUUCACCUCAGCUUGUCAACCUUGUGCGACUCAGAAUAUGGUCCUGCAGACGAUAGUGCGCUGCUGGGUGGAAAAUCUGAGUUCCAGGGUGGAGGGUCUGCUGACCCCGACUGUGACGACAGUGUUGGAGCAGGCAGUCAGCACAAGUGUGGUCGUCCUGCUGACCCUGGAGGACUUCCAGAGCUCCUCCUGGCAUAUCACCGAGGCUGUAAGACAAAGCGUGCUGAAGUCUGUCGUCAACUAUUUCAAGACGAAAACCAACUCUGUGAAGAAGACGGUCCUGCUGCAGUGCUUUGGGACUGCGCUGACAAACUUGAUGUUGACGACAAGAGACGUCACCAGUGAUGAAUUACUUCUCAUUAAGGAGUACUUUGAUUUGCCUCUGAGCAGCGUGAGGCCCGUCUUCAGUGCGGCUCACAUCCGCACUGUCAGACUGAUCCUUCAAUACUACAGCAGCAACAAAGACACGCUGCAGCUGUCCGAGGCGUACCUGUCCAGCAUGGUGUCAGUGCUGCUCCAGACUCACCUGGUCAAAGAUGAGAAACUCAUUCCUGAGCUGGCGCCCCUGUUAGCUAAAGCCAGCCCAGGGGACAUCCAAGCUUUUCCCUCCCUGCAGAGCGAUCCCAGUGUGUGA